UGGUUAGGGAUCAUGUCUUGUAUUAGCAGUGCUCCAUUGCAGAUAUGAUUAGCAUUGGGUGUUAGAGUUGUGAUUUUAAUGGAUAUCUAGACUGAACAUUGGAUCUUUUGUAUAUAUAUAUUUUCUCCUCAGACUGAGCUGUCUGUCACUUUAAGACCGAGUGUGUGUGUGGAUCAGUUCAGUGUGAUGUGAUGCGAUGCGAACCCAUUUUCCUCCUCUUACAUGAAGGUUCGGUGGUGUAAUAAACAUCUAGUGAAAUACACUUCAGGAUUUGGUAUCAGGACUUAAAUAUCUUGGGAUUAUACGAAAGGAUAUCGCAUUUUUAUAUUUUUAUUUAUAGAUCAUUUUUCUGUGGAAAUUCUGUGAAAGACUGCAGGACAUCCAAAAAAAAAAAAACGUUUCGACCGUUAAACGGCUGACGGUAUUUAAACAUUUCAAAUCCGAUUCGUAAAAGCGCACGCGCGCUUGGCGCAUUUCCAUCCGCUUCUCGCCGCAGCUGAUCCUCAUGUCGUCCACGAAACACGGUCUUGACGAGUCAGCAGGAAGGCAGCCCAUGGCUCAGCCCCUGAACCAAAUGGCUCCUCCACCAUACCUGCCGUCGCAAGACCCCAACAUGACCCCACACCCUCCUCCGCCCGGCUGUGGCCCUCAGCCUAACUAUCCUCCCCCACCUCCUCCGCCUGGCUCAGAGGGGUAUUUACAGGAGACGCAGUUCCCUCCUGGAAACCAUCCACCUCAGGCAGCCCCUAAUGGUUACACAGUCCAGACACAUGGGCCUGGCGGCUCGGUGCCUCAUCCUCCCAUGGGUUACCUGCAGCUCGGAUAUCCACUCCAACUACAGCCCUGCACUGCUUAUGUACCGGUAUAUCCCAUCGGAACAGGGGGCCAGCCUUACAUGCCUAAUGGUGCACCCCAUGCAGGUGUCGCACCAGGUCAGGUGCCAAUGCAAAUGCCCCCCGGCGUCGCUCUGAUGGAGCCUCGGCGACCCCCUCACGACUACCUGCCCAUCGCCGUGCUCACCACCAUUUGCUGCUUCUGGCCCACAGGCAUCAUCGCCAUCAUCAAAGCUGUGCAGGUACGUACAGCGAUUGCUCGGGGCGACAUGGUGUCAGCAGAGAUCGCGUCACGCGAGGCGCGUAACUUCUCCUUCAUCAGCCUGGCGGUGGGCAUCGCCUCCAUCGUGCUGUGCACCAUUCUCACAGUGGUGGUGAUCAUCGCCUCGCAGCACCACGAUGAAGACUGGGAACCGUAGAACAUCGUCCCAAAUCCCCCGCGCCACACUACGGACUGAAGGCGGUACAGCCUGCUCAUAGCGUUCAUCACACACAUUCACACACAAAACACACUCACUGCUACAGUCAAACCUUAAUUCUGAAGUGAAUAAUCGCUUCCUGUGUUAGCGAACACGCACAGAUUUACAUCCUUAAUUCAUCUCUGAUCGGAGCCGGGAACAGAUCAACCCUCACGGUUUCUCCCUCAGAUUAGUUCAUCAGUUUAGAAAUCUACAAGCAGCAAGCAAGUGUUCAUAUUGGUUAUGCACCGUGUUUGAGUUCAAUCCUUUCAGUUCCAUUAUUGAUUUGUGCCAUUAAUCUGUUUAGGUUCAGUGUUGUUCAGUAGAAGUAAGAUAUUAUCUUCUGGCACUGGCGAAAAAAUGAUUACGCAAAAAAAAAAAAAAAUCUGCUUUUACUCGUAUUGUUAUAUAAAAGUGUUUAGGUAGCCGAGCAGACGUGAUAAUCGUUCUUUUACUCGGUUCAAUGACAAUAGAGUAGAGUUUUACACGGGUCAGUGUAAAAAAAGAUGUAUAUGUUUAAUAAGUAGAUUAUUGCUGACCAAAAACGAACGUUCCGACGAUCGGAAAUAUUUUUCGCACUCAAACAAAAGCGUUACUGCCUCAUGGUGAGCUAGGAACGAUAUAUUAUUAUUGUGCGACAGUGUGACGCUAAGUUAUGUAUUAUACGUUAUUUAUUAUCCAUUUUGUGCAUUCAGUUGAAAGUAUUUAUUAUUCUUAUAAUUAUUGUUAAUAUUAAUUGAUCAUUAUUACGGUAUUUAUUGAUAUUUAUUCUUUUUUUCAUCGUUCGAUGAUUACGUAUUUGAUUGUUACAGAUUGCACAACUUCUUCAUAGUGCGGCGUAUUUUUAGCCGAGCAUGUUGCGACACGCACUUUUUUUUUUUUUGCACCGUGAGGGUGUAAAUGCUGCUGCCUUUUCCUUCUGGUUUGUUUGCCAGGUAUGAAGUGGAUUCAAGAAUAAAAGAAACAAAAGCACUACGUGUGAAACAUUCGACAUAUUGAUCGUUUCCUAAAAACAGACGUGUUCCUUGUAAGCACCGGUCUCAUUUUAUAAAGGAUAGAUAGCGUGACGUUUUCUUCACAACGCUAUCAAUCAGGUGCUUUGUAAUUUGCCUGGACCAGAGAGAAGGAUUGUCGUUUCUUCAGGAUUGUUGUUCUGGUUUUUCUCAGAUUUCGUUCGCUGUAAGCUUCCUCUCCUACACGCAUCGCCACGGGAGAUUUGUCACAGAUGAUUUCAGAAAUGUCGGGAAAAACGUCAAGUCUGCACAGGCUCUGUGAACCACAUUACUUACGCUAACUAGCAGAAAUGGUGGAUUCACAGGGAGAAGAUUCAGCUUUGCAGUGGGAGGAUGGGCGGUUAGGGGUUGUUGGUGAUCCAAAUAAUUGUCAGCGACAGGAAAUUCUGCAUAGUAUUACUGUUUCUGUAGAUCUUUGCUGCUGCUGGUGGCUCCACAGUCUGAUGAGGAUAUUCGGUAUUCAUUUAAAGUGAACUCCAUUCUGUUUCCUGCAUGAGGGGACUAGAAAAUAAAGUUUUAUCAUCUCGAUAGAAAGCAUUUUGGCUUUCGAUUUCUUCUCGUAAAUUUCCCUUUUAAAGGAACACCCUGAACAACUCCCAAAAGUAUUUAUUUAGCAAAUUCUGACUGGAUUUUCUGACUGACUUUUUACAAAUCUUCUGUGAACGUUUUCCUAUGCUACGUACAGUGUCAUUCAACUACUCACGACAUGCUAACUGUAGAUCCGUAAACUUGUAGAUUGCUAGCUAGCUGAGCUAACUAGCUAAGACAAGUUUCCAGGCUAAGUCAGAAAUACUGCUUUGUGAGGAUGCAUUGCAUUCUGGAACAUUCUGGGAUGUCUGUCACCUCUUCCCCAGGAGAAAAUAAGAACAUCCCAUUUCACAUUUAGUGCCUAUUCCUUUUUGUAAACCUCCAUGCUUCUGGGAAGAUGUUCCACAAGAUUUUCGAGAGUUCUUGUGGAGAUUAUUGUCAGCUAUUAUAGUAGGGUUGAGGUCAGAACUCUAUAGCAGGCCACUCAAGAUAUUUACUUCAACCCAUGUAAAGCAUAUGUUCAUGGAGCUGCUAAAACAGGUUUAAGUCUCCUGGUUCAAGUGAAGGGAAAAUGUAAUUAUACAGCACCCAAUGAUAUCAUACACAAUCGUGCAUCUACAACAUUGUGGUAACAGUUCGGGAAAGAAACACAUGGCUGGAAAAGUCAUGUGUCCCAGUGUUUUUGUUCAUAUAAUGUAUUGUGCUUCAGGGUGGCGUUUUCUUCUCAUUUUUUAGUUAGUAAUUGUGUUGAUAUGAGCCGCCAGGCUGGUUGUUGGGAUUAUACAAUGUUUUUGUUUCAAACCCGGGAGAAAUGAAGAAACUAAAAAUUGGUUGAAGAUCGGUCGGAAAUCACAGCCCGUGAAAAUCAUGUUUUGUUUUGUUUUCAGCAUUUAAAUGCUUUUUGACCAACGUUGUAUCACAUCAGAUCUUUUCUCAAAUCUGUCUGUUUUUAGAGAAAGAGCUUUAAUGUAAAUGCAAGUGGCUACAGAUGUAUCAAUGUACCUAUUUUAUCUAUUAUAAAAAACAAGAACCAGAGGGAGAAGUUCUAAUUUUAUGGCUGUGUAUCAAAUCACCUACUAUUGGUUCUAAACACGUUAAACAGAUCUGCUUUAUAAGGAUUUAAUUAUCUGCUGCCAUUGCGACUUUUUUUUGGUGUUAUGGGUUCUCAAGACUUAGAUAGAACUUUAGCAAAUAAAUGCUUUUCUGCAUUAAUUUAAUAUAAAUCUGGUCCUGUAUUGUAACUGAUUUAAAAAAAUGAAAAAGGUUCCCCUGUAGUUACUGCACUUGUGUAAGAUGCCGGAUUUUCUCUAAGCUUGUAAAUGCGGAAGGUUGCUUGUGGAAACAGCUGCCUGAUGAUUCGUGUACCUGUGCUUUUAAGGUUUAUUCUGCUGAAUGAUGCUCUACAUGGCUUUAUUGUGUAUGAAUCCUGUUUAAAUAAAAAAAAAUAAUGAUAAGCCACUGCAGAAAUGGAUUGUGGUGCA